GACUCUACAUGAUGUGAGACAGAGGGGGCGGCGCCCUUGCGCCCUCUAUUGACCAGCCGCCCCUGCCGUGUGCACUACUGGUACCCCAACACAUUCUCAGAAACCGAGACUCCUGUUGGACCUGGAUCAGGCUGACUCCAAUGAUGACAUCAGUAGUGCCUGGGUCCACCCUACGGGACAAAGCAGGUAUAAAAAAACAGCUGCAUGCUGCCUGUCAUUACACGACUGACUUUGCUCACCGGCACACACAGGUUGCUCACACAUUUUGCAGUGACAGGCAGCAGCAUUUUGCAUUCACCUCGGGCAACAUCUUCAGUACUUCAUUUUCCUCUGGGACUGCUGGCUUUAAUGACACAGGCAGCAGUGAGUUAACGACAGCUGAUGUCACUGUGAUCUAUGUGGAGCAUUGUAAACUUGUAUUAAGCUUCCUGCUGUGUUGGAUCUUCCUUUCAUCAUGAUAAUGAGCAUCGCUCUGAUCUGGGCAGUUGUGGUGGGAAUCUGUUGUCUCCUGUGGCUUGCUGUGGGGAUAAGACGCAGGCAACCUGAUGAACCUGCAAUCGAAAAUGGCUUUAUUCCCUACUUGGGUUGUGCUCUGCAAUUUGGGGCCAACCCUCUCCAGUUCCUCCGCAGCCGCCAGAAGAAAUAUGGCCACAUUUUCACUUGCAAGAUUGCAGGCCAGUAUAUCCACUUUCUGUGUGACCCAUUCUCCUAUCAUUCAGUCAUCAGACAAGGGAGACAUCUGGACUGGAGGAAGUUCCAUUUUGCUACAUCUGUCAAGGCAUUUGGUCAUGAUAGCUUUGACCCCCGCCAUGGCCACACCACAGAAAACCUCCACCAAACAUUUCUGAAGACACUGCAGGGUGAAGCUUUGCCAUCCCUGAUAGAGACAAUGAUGGGCCACCUCCAGGAUGUCAUGCUAAAGUCAGACACACUCAGCCCCAGCAAGGACCACUGGGAGGUGGAUGGCAUCUUUUCUUUCUGUUACAAGGUGAUGUUUGAGUCUGGUUACAUAACUCUGUUUGGUAAAGAGCUCGGUGAAGAUAAAUGUAUGGUACGGGAAGCAGCUCAGAAGGCCUUGGUACGCAGUGCUUUGGAGAACUUCAAAGAGUUUGACAAGAUCUUCCCAGCACUCGUAGCUGGUCUGCCCAUCCACGUCUUCAAGAGUGCCUAUAGUGCCAGAGAGAAUCUAGCAAAGACCAUGCGUGCAGAGAAUUUGUCCAAGAGGGAGAAUGUGUCUGAUCUGAUUUCUAUGAGGAUGAUCUUGAAUGAUUCCUUAUCUACCUUCAAUGACGUGAGCAAAGCCAGAACCCACGUUGCUCUGCUCUGGGCCUCACAGGCUAACACCCUGCCUGCUACCUUCUGGAGUCUGUUUUACAUGAUCAGGAGUCCAGAUGCUUUGAAAGCAGCACGUGAAGAAGUAGAGAAAGUCCUGGCAAAUGCAGGUUUGAAAGCUGACCCCAGUGACCCCACACUUAACCUGACCAGGGACCAGCUGGACAAGAUGCCUGUUUUGGACAGCAUCAUAAAAGAAGCAAUGCGUCUCUCUAGUGCUUCCAUGAAUGUGCGUGUUGCCAAGGAGGACUUCCUGCUUCACCUUGACAACCAAGAAGCGUAUCGCAUACGGAAAGAUGAUGUCAUAGCCCUUUAUCCACCCAUGCUUCACUACGAUCCAGAAAUCUUUGAGGAUCCCUAUGAGUAUAAAUAUGACCGUUUCCUGGAUGACAACGGUCAGGAAAAAACUGUCUUUCAACACAGCGGCCGGCGGCUGCGUUACUUCUACAUGCCGUUUGGCUCCGGGGUCACAAAAUGCCCUGGCAGAUUAUUUGCUGUGUAUGAGAUCAAGCAGUUUCUUACUCUGAUGCUAUCCUACUUUGACAUGGAACUAUUAGACCCUGCUAUCAAAGUACCUCCUCUUGACCAGUCCCGUGCUGGUCUGGGAGUUCUUCAGCCUACAUAUGAUGUGGACUUCAGGUACAAGCUGAUAUCAAACCAAUAGGUUCUGUCUUUGAGUGGCAGAGUAACUUCAGUAAUAUUGUACAUAGUGUAUAUUUAACAGUGCUUAUGAAGAAGCCUUAUGUACAUAUAAAUAGACUGAAUAAUA